AUGAAGCUCGUAAGGAAAUCAUUCGUCAAAAAGGAUGGUAAAGCUAGUGGUGCUGGUGGUAGCAGGAGAACUACGUCCUUUUCUACUGGAAGCGGAGCUGGUGGAGUGAAGAAGCCAUUCAACAAUAAACGUAAAUCCAUGCAAGAUCACUCGGCUCCUGAUCCUUCCUCUUCUCGUGAUGCGUCAACUGCAUCGAGAUGGAAGAAGAAAAACAAGACAAACCAUGACAAUGCUGCUGCUGAAACGGAAUUCGAAACCGUACCUGCAGUCAUGAAUACUGCUAAUCCUACAAACGAUAUCGAUCAUGAUGACGACGAUGCUUCGGACUUCGAAGAAACUGAAAUGGCUUCCCAAGUCAGAGAUGCUAAUCGAAAACAUAAAAAGUCGGGUGGUUUUCAAGCUAUGGGUCUCAGCCAGCCCGUGUUCAAGGCAAUCAUACAUAAAGGCUAUAAAGUACCAACUCCAAUUCAAAGAAAAGCCAUUCCCGUAAUCAUGCAAGGAAGAGACGUUGUAGCCAUGGCCCGUACUGGUUCAGGAAAAACUGCUGCCUUCCUCGUGCCAAUGCUGGAGAAACUCAAGACUCACUCCGCUAGAGUGGGCGCUAGAGGUCUCAUUCUCUCUCCCUCUCGUGAAUUAGCUGCUCAAACACUCAAAUUCACAAAAGAAUUGGCAAAACACACUGACCUUAGAGCUUGUAAUCUAGUCGGUGGUGAUAAUAUGGACGAACAAUUCGCUGCAAUGGCGGCAAAUCCCGAUAUAAUUGUAGCCACUCCUGGUAGAUUGAUGCAUCUGAUGAUUGAAAUGAAGAUGGACUUGAAGACUGUUGAAUAUGUCGUCUUUGAUGAAGCUGAUCGACUGUUUGAAAUGGGAUUUGCAAACCAGCUCCAUGAAAUAUUACACGCUUUGCCAGAAGGUCGUCAAACGCUGCUCUUUUCAGCAACUCUUCCAAAGCUUCUGGUCGACUUUGCCAAAGCCGGAUUGAGCAACCCUGCUCUCAUACGUCUGGAUAUUGAUAAUCGUAUAUCGCGUGAUUUAGAAAUGCUCUUUUUCUCUGUCAAAACAAUGGAAAAGGAUGCUGCAUUGAUUCAUCUACUCCGAAAAUUGGCUGGCCGUGAUGAAUUGACCAUUGUCUUUGCUUCUACCCGUCAUCACGUAGAAUACUUACACGAACUCCUGGCUGCCGCGAAUAUUGAAAAUACCUACAUAUAUGGCUCUCUUGAUCAGAGUGCCAGAAAGAUCCAUCUCAACCGAUUCAAAACGCAAAAGCAAAAAGUAUUAGUAGUCACAGAUGUAGCUGCUAGAGGUCUCGAUGUCCCUCUUCUUGACAAUGUCAUUAAUUAUGAUUUCCCUGCUGCUCCAAAAGUGUUUGUGCAUCGUGUUGGUCGAGCUGGUCGUGCUGGUCGUAAAGGUACAAGCUUUUCAUUUAUAUCAGCGGACGAGAUUCCAUUCUUGUUGGAUUUGCAACUCUUUACAAGUCGUCCAUUUAUCUUGGCUGCCUCUAUGCAAGACCGACAGCCUGACCUCACAUCAGAAAUCGUUUUGGGUGACAUUCCGCGAUCAUUACUAGAUCCAUCUUUGGAAGAGUGUCAACAUCUCAUUCGCUCAAACAUCACUCUGGAAAAUCUACAAACUGGCGCCAUGAAUGGUUAUAAAAUGUACCAUAAAACACGAGGAGUGGCUUCUCCCGAGUCAUACAAGAGAGCCAAAGAACUCGCUGAUGUUUCACAUGGGCUUCAUUCGUGGUUUAGCGACGAUAUGGACGUCCAAGAAGUAGCUCGUACAGCUAUGAUGGAGUCUCUUUCGAAAUAUCGAUCUAGAAAGGAUGGUGGCAAAGUCUCAUUCCCAACAGCCACUGCCAAAAUCUCUCGAGACUCAGAAUACUACAUGUCGUCCACACCAUCCGAUGUAAACACUGAACGCGGUUACAAUCUGACAUCUCAGACAACGUUUGCAGAGCAAGCUCGCUCAGCUGUUGUUGAAGUCACGGGUGAUGACAAAGACUCAAUGCGUGCUUCCCGUAAAGUGAUCUGGGAUCCCAAGAAGCAUAACUUUGUACGGCCUACUAUUGGGUCAGACAACAAGAAACGGGUACGAACUGAUAGUGGUGCAUUGGUUCCAGCCUCAUACAAUAGCAAAAGAUUCGAGGACUGGCAAUCAAAAACCAAGAUUGCACUGCCACGGGCUGGUGAACAGGAAUUGGAUAAUACAGGAUCUAGUGCAAAGAAUCUCUCCGCUUUUGGAAAUCGUCGCUUCCGCCACAACAAAAUAAUAGCGCCAACGCCAGGCUCGGGUUCCUCACUCCGUAAAGAUGCAAAACGUAAACGAGAAGCUCAAGACGCGCAACCUGAUGGUGCAACUCCUUCGUCGAAGCCAGCAGCUCCUGCUGCCAAGAAGAUGAAGCAAGGUGUAAGGAGUGAGCUUAGAACUCCUAUCCAAAUUGCCAAGGCCAGAGUUGUCAAGGAAAAUAAACGACAAAAGACUGGACGACACAAGCCUCAGAAGAAACGUGUUUUGAAUGACAAUUCCGAUCCUCACACACACACCAACUGUCAAAUGGCUCAACAGGAGCUUAAAGCUUUAUGGGUUGUCGCAAAAGACUUGAGAUUGGGUUCCUUCGUCGAGUCUUCAUGCUCCUCAGACUGGACAUUGCAAAGGAUCGAUGAAGAAUGGACCCUCUUCCUGAGACUUUCUAUGGUCAUGCUGAAACCACUGUGGUCUACCAGUUUCGUCAUGUCUGAUGCCAUUUGUAGGUCUCCAUCUCGCAUCAACGGAGAGUUUCUUGUAUAUCGUGAACUCGACGUCAAGAUUUCUUCAAGUCAGCUCAAAGUCCCAAGUAUGGCUCGUCAGGCAAAGGAAAUGAUUGAACUCGAAGGAGAGCGUGCUGCCACUACCACCAAGGGUACCUUUCUGGUCAAGGAAAAUGGGUUGAAGAAAAAGACCAUGUCUGUACAUGCUGGUGGAACUCAAUGGCAUCUUGUUUCUUACUUUCUCAGUAUUGAUGUUGACCAUGGACGUCUGCUCCAACCAUCUCGAAAUCCAUCCUUGUCAUCUCUACGUAUUUUACCAGAACUUGUCUAUAAUCAAGGCUUCCGAAAAGUGCCGUCUGUCAGUGACCAACAUCUCGGUAUAAGGGAUUUCGAUGACGCAUCAAUCGCAACAUCAAAUGAUUCUACGUCACCACAAGAAGCUUCCGAACCAACUUGGUAUAGAUUCGUUGCAGACGAGGAGCCUUUGCAUGGGUUUGUCUCGUCAGAGGACGUAUCGCCAGACUUGUAUCCCUUCUUCCAACAUUCGUCUGAUGCCAUGUUGUCACCGCCCAAUGACCUUGAAUCUGUACUUCAAAACUCUGACGGUGCCCAGGAAUUUUCACCACCACUUGAGGAUCCACUUGAGCAUAUGGCUCCACUUGAACAUGGAUUUGAUCAAACGUUGGGGUAUGCUGCUUUCUGGUAG